GUUCGCACACCCUGUUUUUUUUUAGCGUUUCUCUCCCCCUCAACAACCUCCAACGCCGCACGCCCGCACCCUAAUCGCCGCCCGCGCCGUCUCCCACCUCGCCGGUGUCCUCCGCGCCGCCCCCAAUCUCCGACUUGUCGACCGCCUCCGCGUGUGCCGACGGCUUCGCCGCCACCGAUCCGGAGUCGCCUGAGUCGUCGUCGCCCCCCCCCCCCCACCCCAAGCCGAUCUCCCACACCCGCGCCACCUCCCCCAUCGCUGUUUCAUCCAUCUUCUCGUGGUCGCCUCCGCGCUAUAUCGCCCGCCGCCCCGCCUCCUCUGCUUCGACGCUUAUCCCCUCAGCCGCCACCUCCGCCGCGGUCAUCGACAUCAUCUUCCCGAGCGCCUGAGGAAAGGGAUUCACGCCGCUACAAUGCCGAGACCGAGCGGAGAGGUGGUUUGAGGCCAGUAGAGCUCUGGCAACGGCAUGUUUUGUCAGGGUACCCGUCGCCAGGACGCCGCCGACGCCUUACACGGUGGUUAUUGAUCUCCACGCCUUGGCCUACAGCAAUGGACAACGCUGUUGGGAUCCCUAAACUCAUGAUUUGUAUCUAAUAACAGUUGAAUUUAACUUCAGAAUAUUGCUGCCAGCUUCCGGCCUCCUCAACAUCAGAUCAGUGUUUCAGCAUUUGAUUGAAUUUCUUACAUUGGGUUUCCAACAAGUCGUCGUCGAUUACUCGUCGUCUGGUCCCCUUCGCGCCUCCUCGCCCCCACGCCGCUAGCCAGGCUACAGCCAUCCUGGUGUUUUUAGUGCUGCACCUCUCUAUAUAUAUCCUUUCUAGAAAUGGAUAAGAUUGUUGGGGGCUCCACAACAUCAACUACAAAAUCAGGCCCUCUUGCUGACAUAACCAAUAUAAGUGGUUCCGGUUUGGCAAAUUGACGGGGCAAGGUUGGAAACAAGUCGUUACGUGCCGUUGAAAGAUACGACGAGAAUUGUGAUGUCUUUACAAAUAACACUCCCAACUGCUUCAAAUGUUGUGCAUCCUGUGGUGACGCCUAAUAGUCAUCCAUGUGCGGAAAACCGCGAUGCGUCCUUCAAUACACCCAGCAAUGUGCAUAUGUGUACAGGUUUGCAUGAAGAUGUUAGUCACCUUAGUGUGGCUGAACUAAAAAGAAAGCGUGCUAGAGACCGGUACGCAGCAUUGACCCCAGAGCAAAAAGAUGAUAGGAACAAGAAGGCACGUGAAAGAAGGAAAAGAAAGAAGGAGGAAACUCAAGUUUCAGCCCCACUUGGCGAUAUUUCAAAUAUAAGCGCUGUUGAUAUAAUGAAGUGCCAAUUGGAAGUGACUGAUUCUUCCCCGCUGCAUCAAGGAAAAAGUGAAGCUUCCCAUCUUAAUAUCACACCAAGACGUCUCCCAUUUACAAUCAUCAACAAUGUAGCUCACUAUGGUCCCAACGAAGUACCAAUGAGUCGCUUCACUCAAAGUACCUAAACAUGAAUACUUCUGACUUUGUAGUUGAUAAUUCAGGAUGUGAAAAUCAAUAUGAAUCCAGUUUUUUUGAAGGCAGCGAUCAAAAUGAGUGCGACCACGAUGACGACAUCUCUCUAGAUAAUGAAUUGGUGCGUGCGCCAACCAAUGAGACAAAAGAACGAUUGCAGUCAAAGCUAGCUCGAGCUAGGGAGAAGUAUGCAACUCUUACACCGGAGCAAAAGCAAGCUAAGGUGGACCAACGGAGAACACAACGUCAAUCACUAACAAAAGAACAGAGACUAGAGUUGAAUGCCCGUCGUAGGGUUGCAAGGCAAUCUAUGCCAGAUGUGGAAAUCCAUGAUAUGAAUGCUUGCCGUAGAUCAAGACGACAAAAUGUUACUCCUGGGGAAAGAUCUGCUCAUCUGGCACGACGUAACGCACUCUAUGCAGCUAGGCGUGACAAACCAUGCGCUGAAUCCAUUGCACUAGAGUGCCCUGAGGGAUCUAUCCCAUUGUUGCUAAAUCCAACGCCUUGCUUGGAAACAACCGGUGAUGUGCCAUCUACAUCGAGCCUGCAAACUGAGCAUGCUGUAGAUCAUCAGGCGCGAUCAUGCACAUUCAAUGAUGAUGAUAUGGAUUCCUUCAUGGAUGAUGACUCCGACGAUGAAUACUACAUGUUUGCUGGGCUAGGCGACGAUGAGGAUGACGAGAUGGUACAAUCUGAUGACGAUGACACGCAAUCACCGACCUCUUCUGUUCCUGAUCCGUAUGACUAUAUGUACAGCAACAUUCCACAAAGCACAAAUGUUCUGAAGCCUGAACCUGACUGUAAACACUGUGGUGCCAAGAGGUUCCAGUACGAACCGCCGAGCUUCUGUUGUCGGGGUGGCAAGAUCAAGCUUGUACAAAAUGAAACACCUCCUGAACUGAUGAGGCUUUGGACAAGCUCGGAUCCAGACGCCAAGCAUUUCCGUGAUAACAAUAGAUACUUCAACGGCCACUUCUCAUUCACUACCCUUGGUGUAAGCCUUGACAAGGCCUUUGCAAACAUGAGUUCGGGCGUGUACACUUUUCGGGCUCAUGGUCAGAUAUAUCAUAAUAUACAUUCUUUCAGUCCUAGAGAUUCUGGUCCAGAGCAUCUCGAGUUGUAUUUCUACGAUGACGAUCCAACAUUGAGUCAUAGAUUCCAACGUUCCCCUAGCCUUGACCAGGAUGUGAUUAGGACUGUUGCAGACGUCCUUCGGAACAACCCGUACUCGGAGACAUUUAGAAGUCUAGGGCAGGCUGAAGACCUCGCGAAUUAUCGCGUGACACUAAAUCUGGAUCAUAGGUUGCACCAAAGGCGUUACAAUGUGCCGGUGACAACUGAGGUCGCUGCUAUCUGGGUUGAGGGAAAUGAGAGAAGGAAGUUCGAGCCUAGCGUGACAAUAUACAGGAACAACCGUACGCGGAAAUCUAUCCAGCCUUUCUACGAAUGUUAUGAUCCCCUCUCGUACCCUCUUUUCUUCCCUAGAGAGAAUGGUUGGCAUCAAAGCCUUCCAAAGGACAAAAUAACCAUGGAGGAUGCAAACGCACGGAAUGGCGAUGAUCCUGAUUGUAACAGCAGGAUACGAGUCUCUGUAAGGGACUACUACUGCUAUAAAUUCCAGAUGCGUCGUGGGAUUUUCAAUCCUAUACUUCACGGCGGACUCCUGUUCCAGCAGUUUGCCGUUGACAUGUACAUCAAGGUUGAGAGCUCCCGUCUAGACUAUGUGAGGAACAACCAGAAGGAGAUAAGGGCGGACCUGUAUCAAGGGUUGAUGGAUAGCAUCCAGGCUGGGGAGAGUCGAGCAAGCGCGGUUGGCAAAAGAACUGUGUUGCCAGCUUUGUUUGUCUGUGGUGGCCGAAAUAUGAAGCGUCGAUACAUGGAUGCCAUGGCUUUAGUAUAGAAGUACGGGAAGCCAGAUGUAUUCCUUACAAUGACUAGCAACCCCAAGUAGGAUGAGAUUACUCGUGAACUUGAGCCUGGCCAGACACCACAAGAUCGUCUUGAUCUCGUGGUCCGUGUCUUUCGAGCCAAGUUAGAGGACCUAAAGAAGCAGCUGUUCGAGAAGCACAUCCUUGGCAAAGUCAUUGCACACGUAUAUGUUGUUGAGUUCCAGAAGAGGGGUCUGCCACACGCACACUUUUUGCUGAUCAUGAGUGGUCGAUACAAGCUAACGUCUGCAGAGCAAUAUGACCGCAUCGUCUCAGCUGAGCUAC